CGGCACCGCCGCUAUCUGUCUCUCGCGCCGUCGGUCGUACUACCGGUGCCGUAGCAGUGAUGGGGCGCGCGGCCCAGUGAUGCGAUGCGCGCGGUGCUCGUGCCCGUCUGUCUCCUGCUCGUCUCGCCGAUCUCCACGUUGUCCUGGGCCUCCAGUGUCGAUCUAGUUCUCAAUAUCAAGCAAAUGUGCAAACCAGCGAAACGGUCUUCGUCGAGAAUAGCGAAGAUUUGCAACAACAGGCCCGGACUCCUGGAACAAAUGGCCAUAGGCGUCAACUUGGCACUCACCCAGUGCCAGUACCAGUUCAGGUACAGGAGGUGGAACUGUACCAACUCGAGUAGAAGCAUCAAGAAAGUCAUGUCUAAAGACACAAGAGAAACUGGUUUCGUAAACGCUAUAAUCGCCGCCGGCAUCACUUAUCAGGUGACCAGGGCAUGUACAAAAGGUGAACAAAUUGGCUGUUCGUGCAACAAAAGGAAAAAAAAAAAUAAGAAGAAAAAACCGACAGAAGUAUCGCCAGAAACCGACUUUAAAUGGGACGGAUGCGCUGAAAAUAUCGAUUUUGGCAUUAAGAGGUCCAAGGAUUUUUUGGAGGGUCGACACAAGAAAAAAAGAAGCGACAUGAACACUUUGGUUAAGUCACACAACUAUGUAGCAGGUCGACUAGCGAUAAAGAACUACAUGCGCAAAGAAUGCAAAUGCCACGGCCUCUCCGGAUCCUGCGCACUGAGAACCUGCAUCCGAAAAAUGCCAGCCUUCAGGGAGGUAGGCGAUCGACUUAAAGAACGUUUCGACGGCGCAGCCAAGGUCAUCCCAGGCAACGACGGGCAAAGUUUCAUCCCCGAGGGCGAUACCAUCAAACCCCCCACUCGUUUCGACCUGGUUUACUCAGAGGAAUCCCCCAGUUUCUGCCUACCCGACAGUAGCGUGGGUAGUUUUGGAACACAGGGAAGAGAAUGUAAUGAGACAUCUCCCGGGGAAGAAGGAUGUGGGAUCCUGUGCUGUGGUCGAGGUUUUCAAGUGCAAACCAAGGAGGUGGAGCACAGCUGCAACUGCGAGUUUGUCUACUGCUGCAACGUCACGUGCCAAGUGUGCAACGAGACGGUCAAGGUGGCCACCUGUCAGUGAGAUCUUUUUGUGAUGAAGGAUUUUAUAUUUGUCUGUAUAUAGCUGUGUAAUUAUUUGUGUUGUCGAUAUAUAUGUGAUCUUCUUUUUUUGGUUACUAAUAAAAGCUUGUAAAUAUUGUAU